AUGGCAGGCUCCGCGGCAGCUGUAGGGGCGGCUGCUCCACGGGCGGCAGCUCCUCCACGGGCGGCUGCUGCAGGGGCGGCUGCUGCAGGGGCGGCUGCUGCAGGGGUGGCUGCUCUAGGGGCGGCUGGUGCAGUGGCGGCUGCUCCAGGGGCUACUGCUACAGGGGCGGCUGCUUCAGGGGCGGCUGCUUCAGGGGCGGCUGCUGCAAGGGAGGCUGCUCCAAGGGCGGGUGCUGCAGUGGCGGCUGCUCUAGGGGCGGCUAUUGCAGGGGAGGCUGCUUCAGGGGCGGCUGCUGCAGUGGUGGCUGCUCCAGGGGCGGCUGCUGCAGGGGCGGCUGCUGCAGGGGCGGCUGCUGCAGUGGCGGCUGCUCCAAGGGCGGCUGCUGCAGUGGGGGCUACUGGAAUGGCGGCUGCUCCACGGGCGGCUGCUGCAGGGGCGGCUGCUGCAGGUGUGGCUGCUCCAGGGGCGGCUGCUCCAGGGGCGGCUGCUUCAGGGGGGGCUGCUCCAGGGGCGGCUGCUUUAGGAGCGGCUGCUCUAGGGGCGGUUGCUGCAGGGGAGGCUGCUCGAGGGGCGGCUGCUGCAGUGGCGGCUGCUCCAGGGGUGGCUAGUGCAGUGGCGGCUACUCCAGGGCACGGGCUAGGGCAGGGCGUCGCGGCGGGCAGCGGUGACGCCACGCAGGUUCCGAAGGGGCGUCGCGACGCACAGGAGCUGCGCCUCGCGGGUCCCGCAGGGGCGACGUGA